AUGGGAAGUGAGAAAAUAGCUAUAUCGGAUUUAGGGGAGGGCUCAAAAAAAAAAAAGAAAAAAGAAAAAGAAAAACUCUGUCUUACUCUCUCUCUCUCUCUCUCUCUCUCUCUCUCUCCACUAUCUAUCUAUCUAUCUGCUUCUCUCUAUCUCUUUCUUUUUCUCUUUCUUUCUCUUCCUCUCUUUCUAUCUAUCUAUCUAUCUAUCUAUCUAUCUAUCUAUCUAUCUAUCUAUCUCUUUCUCUCAUUCUAUCUAUCUAUCGCUCUCUUCUCUCUCUCUUUCUCUUCCCCUACUCUCUCUUUAUCUUUCUAUCUUUCUCUUUCUAUCUCUCUUUGUCUUUCUAUCUCUCUCUUUAUCUCUCUCUUUAUUUAUCUAUCUCUAUCUUUCUCUCUGUCUCUCUCUUUCUAUCGCUUUCUUUCUCUCUUUCUCUCUCUCUUUCACUCCCUCUAUCUCUUUCUCUCUCUUUCUCCCCCUCUCUCUCCCUUUCUCUCUCUCUCCCCCUCUCACCUCCCUCUCUCUCUCUCGGGAAGGAAAAACAGGCCGGCUUUGGACGAAGCUGGAAUAAAUGUCAAGUAG